AUGAUACUUAGGAGAGGGUGGUUGUAGAUAUCUACCAUACUUGUUAUUUAUCUCUCUUUAUGUAUCGCUUAAACUAUAGAAAAGAUUCAUCUGAAUGAUGUGCAUUAUUUUAACAUCACAGAUACCAAGAUAGGUAAAAAGUAUUAUACAGCUACAGUUGUAGAAAAGAAUAGAAAUGUCGAUCUCAUCGUUCAGCUUAAUAAUCUUUCUAUUGACAGCGAUCCAGAUCUUGCAGUAUUUAUUAAUACUGAUAAAAUACCAAAAUAAAACACUCAACCUUACUGUACUUCAGACUAGAUUGGCUAUGAUGUCUGCUUAGUUAAUGAUAAAGACAUCAGUGAAGAUAUGGACCUAGUUGUUGAAGUAAAAUGCAGCACACCAUGCAAAUACUCUCUAAAUUUAGUUUAUAAAGAAAGAAUUGAAUAUGAUGCUUAAAAGGGAGGAAGUAUUGAUAUUAUACUUAAAAAUGAUGAAGUUAGAGAGAUAUUAGUAAAGAUCCCUAAGAUGAAUAAAGGGUACUCUAACAUGCUCUUACAAGCAGAGUUUAAGAAUAUGUAUAGCUUUGAGUAUAAUGAAUAGGCAGAAUUUGAUUUCUAUGGAAACAGAGGAGAAAGACAGCCUUAAAACAAAAAUGAUGCUUAGUUAAAAAGUAUAUGGAUAAGCGAUUACAUUAAAGUUAUUCCACUUUCUCAAGAAAAGAGAGAGAUGUGCAACGACUGUUCGUUUUCUUUGGAAGUUAAAGGACCAAAAAAUGCUAUCAUUUAAUUUAGCACCAUACUUUAUGAUAAUGAAAGGGAUUUGAAACUUUCUGAAUAUUUUUAUAAUGGAGUAGUUGAAUAAGAAGAAACUUAAUAUUUUACAAUAGACUUUUUAGAUUUGUUGGAUUAUGAAAUUGAAAGAAUUUUCUAAGGUGAAAACAGAAAAAGAAAAUUCCUCUCUGAUUUUCUUUUCAACUUAAUUCCCUACAAUGGAGAUCCAGAUUUGUAUGUUCAUUAUGGCGAAACAAGACCAAAAGAUUUAGAUAAGUAUGAAUGGUAAUCUAAAACUAGUUUUAGAGAAGAUUUAAUCCUUGUUACAAGUGAUGAGCUAAACAAAAAGGGAUAUAGCAGUGAAAAGAAAAUAUUUAUAGCAGUUUAUGGCAAAUAGAUCAGUGCCUUCUAAAUCAGGAUCGAUACUUACUCGAACGAAUACAAUUCUGGUAUUUAAUUACAACUCUAGUAACCAGUCACAAGUUUUGUUGGUAAACAAAAAUUAACUUUAUAUCAAUUAAGAGUUGAUGGAGAUUUGAAAAGAGAAAUUGAGAUUAUUCUUACCUCACUUUAAGGAAACCCUGAUUUGUUUGUUAAAAGUUGGAAGUAUGGAGAGGGCGCUGAUUAAACAAUCACUUUAGAUGAAAUUAAUUAAUUAGUAAAGAACUAAUAUAUUGACAAGGAAAAGAAGUUCGUUGGAUGGAGUGUUAACAAGUAAGGCGUUGAUUCAAUAAAAAUAUAAUAUGAUCCUAAAAAAUGCAACUCUGAUCAAGAAAAAAACGAUGAUAACAACGAUAACGAUGAUGCUAACAGAAAAAAGUUCCCUGACAACAUGUUUUAUAAUUAUUGUAUUUUUACUAUAGGAAUAUUAGGUAAUGAAGAAAGAAACAGAUAUGUUUUGAAAGCUGCUUCAAACGAUCCUUCAAGCAUCAUACCCUUAAGAGAAAAUUCAAUAGAAUAUGCCUUUUUAGCCUAGUCAGAAUAUAGGACAUAUUCAUUUUAGCCCAUGUCUCUUGAUUAUGAUAUUACUGAAAUAAAGUUUUAGCUAAGUUAUAACAGUGGUUUUGCUUCGAUCGUUGCUGACAGAAAUUAUGAUAAUAUCAAAAAUAAAAAACCAGAAAAAGACUUUGUCCAUUCAUCUAUUAAAAAUCUAAUUGUUUACAAUACUGAUGAUUUAGAAAAAAAUAAGAAGCUUUCUGAUUACACUUAUUUCAUUUAUGUGAAAGCUCUCGAGCAUACAAAUGCUCAGUUAAUUGUUCAGGUUUAGAGAAAAGGCUAAAAGCAAUUAGAGUUCAGAGAAGUUAUUUAAGGAGUCCCAACUAAACUUAGCAUUCAACCUAAAAGUUCAGGUCACAUCAAGUUUGGAUUUUCUUAUGGAGUACAAUAAACAAUUUUUGCAAAAAGUGACUAGCAAAUUAAGUUAUAUGUUGGCGAAGAUAAGAAUGUAGCUCCCUCCAGUAUUUACAAUAAAUAUAACGCUGAUAGCAAUAUAGCUUCUACAGCCACAGAAAAAAGAAUAGAAUUAGAUCAAAACUUUUUUAGCGAUGAAGGCUAUUUAUAUGGUACAAUCGAAAAUGUGAGUGAUAAAGAAAUUAAUGUAGUGAUUUAUGUUUAGACAGACAAAGUAAGCCUCAAUUUAAAUGAAAGUUUCUAAGAUAUUUUGAUUCCUAAUCUGAAAAGAACUUAUUACUUUAAUAUCUACAGCUACAUGGUCUAGGAUAUCAGUGAUACUGAUAAAAUAUAUGCGUAUGUUGUAGGAAGUGGUAUUGGUUUACAACAAAAGAUUUAAGGAAGCUUUUCAGUUAAUAAUAAGACUAUAUCAACCUUUAAAGAUUAUGAUUAAAUUAAAUAUAUUUAAGCAGACAAAUAAGAUGUGAUCAAAGAGUGUCCUUACUUGCUAGAUUUGAAUGUAUACUAAGAUUGUCAAUUCUAGAUUGAAGUGAUGUCACCACAAGAAGAAAGAAUUACUGUCUCUAUCGUCUAUCCUGAAAAGCCAACUUACAUUUCCAGCUAUGGCUAAACAGUUUCUCAAUUCCCCCUAAAGAAGGAAAUUAGGAAAUUUAUUUACUUCUUAUAUGAAAUAAAGGAAGUUAUUUUAACUGUCUAAUCAUAAAGCUACGAAUUUUAGGUUUUGGGAAAGAUUCUAUCUUACAGCCAAUUCCAAUCGAGUGGUGCAGGAUAAGGAGAAGGUUUUCCUACUUUAAAUGAUGAUGUUAAAAAAUUAGCGAUUCACACUAAUUCUGAAGUAGUUUAGUAAAUUAGAAUACAUCCUGAGACCUAUAAAGGAGAGUCUUGCGAAUAGGGUUGCUUCCUUUUAAUAUCUGUUAUCCAGCCUUAAGAAUCGAUAGUACCUGAUACCAAAGUUAUAGGAAAUAUAAUUAAGCUCUAAUUGAAUGGAGAUAAAUUAUACGAUUUAUAUGAAGGUGAGGUUGUAUAAGGUAAUGUUGGUAAGGAAGAGAUGGUCUACUAUAGAUUGUAUGUUCCUCAAGAAAAAGGAAAUAUGAAGAUGAUUAUCAAUUUGACUCCUCUAGAUGAAGGAGAUCCUGAUUUAUUUUUAAAUAAAGACUCCAUAAAAAUUCCCACAAGAACUGAAUACGAUUUGAAUUCUUAAGAUUUAGCUGGUGAUUUCAUAUUGGUAAAUAAUCGCACAUUAAAGAAUUCCACUGGCAUUGCAGGUUAUUAUAUUGUCGGAGUUUAUGGUAAUUCUAACUCUACUUACUAGAUUCAAUAUUAGGUUGGAGAUAAUAACAUUUUCAAGAUAGACAAAAAUUAAAUUCAAUAAGCAUACUUGCAUAGCAAUCAAACAUCAUACUAUAUUUAUCACAAGAAAGAAAAAGGUAAAUUCACUGUUGUUACAAACAUGGUAUCUGGUAACUCUGGAGAUAGCUAUAUGUUCAUUAAAGAAUAUAAAAAUUCAGAUAAAUCAGCUAAAGAUUUCUUAAGUAACUUAGCUGACCCAAACAGCGCUGAUUUAACAACUAAAAACGAAUCACAUAAAGAAUACAUUAGAUGGGAAGAUGAUAGUUGUGAUGAUUGCACUUACGUUAUAGGCAUUAAGUCAAUUUAAAAAUAAUUGGUUUAUAGUAUUUCAAUCAAUUUCGAUGGAGGAGUAGCACAAAUUUAGAACAAUAAGAACUAAUUGAUAUUCUUAAAACAAAACAUUUCUUCCAAAUUACGUUUCUUCUCUUAAGAUGAUUUCAACAUAUAUGUUUCUUCUUAUUCAGGUAGCUGUAUCGAUCUUUCAGUUAAGGGAGGAUUUGCUCCUUAAAAAUAACUUACAAGUACAGAAUGUAAGACAACUGAUCCUUAAGGCAAUGGCUUUACAACAAAAAGUAUUUUCAUCAGACAUAUUUUUAAAGACGAUUAACCCUUAACUGGAUUAGCUCAGUAGAAUACAUUUACAAUUGAAUUAACUUCUAAAUUUACAGAUGAAAAAGUAUUGGUUCAAGUUGUGUCUGGUACAGAAAACAGAUUGAUUAACUCAGGUAUUCCUCUUGAAUCAGUAAUUGCAGCAAAAUCAGAAGUUAGAUUUAUUUACUACUCAUCUCAAGAAGGGAUGUAAUCUCUGAUAGUUAACCUCUCUGCUGAGAAUGGAUAAGAAUAUGGUCUAGAAGAGACAGAAAUUGACAUGGAGUUAAUAAAUAGAAAAGAGAGACCAGUUAUUGGCAAUAUUGUUAGCAAAACAAAGGAUUUGAUUACCAUGUAAUUCUAGACUUUUAGAAGUUAAUCUUAUCAUAUAGUCGUAAAAUACAAAGGAGAUAGACAAUAUAAAUUCAGUAUUCUGAUAAAGGAAUAAAAUACUAAAAAUAUCCCCAUUUUAAGUGGCUUUGUUUUAGAUGUGCUUCCCAUCCAUGAAGUGUCUAAUUACCAAAUAAAUAUGUAACUUGGAAGUGUUUUACUUAUUUAAAACUUCAAUUGUAUCUCUGACUAAAAUAUCUUUAUCUACACCAAUGCUAAUGAUAUGAUAAUGUAAAAUGACAAAGCAAUAAGAGUAACAAGAAGGGCAACAUCAAAUCAUGAAAUUCAAAUCAUUAAGGAUACAGCUCCCCAAAAUCCUGCAACAAGUGCAAUUUAUAUUUAAAAAAGAGCAAAUAAGUAAACUAAGGAAAAAAUAUCAAAAUCUAUUAUUACGACUGAAGUAUACAAACCUAAAUAACCUAUCAUAUACGACUAUAUUUAGAUUGGUGAUUCAGGUAUUUUAACAAUAAGAUAAGAUCUUAAUAGUUAUUUUGUAGCUUUUUCUGAAUUGGAAUGUGUAGAAUCUGAUUGCUGGAAAAUUGAUGGAUUGAAAAUUGUUGAAAUAGAGUAUUAUCUUCAUAUUAGCAACUCGAGGGAGACUUUAUAAAGACAAAGUUAUUGCUCAUUAUAUGAACCAAAAGACCUUAUUAUUAAGGUAAACCCUCUAAAAAAAUAAUCAUCUUCAUUAAUGAACCCUGAUAAAUAAUUAUUUACUAUAGAAAAAAGCCAAAUCCCUGAAUAAUAAGAUAAAAUAUAUGUUAGUGUUACAGCUAAUGUUUUGGUAAAUACUGAACCUUAGACAAAUAAAGGAUUCCGUUUUAUUUAUGGAUCUAAUUUAAUAGAAAACAAUAACAAUAUUAUUUAACCAAAAGAAAGUGAUGAUAGUAGCUCAAAUUUAACAGUUAUUGUUGUAAUUUGUGUCUUGAGCAUAGCUAUAUUAUUGUUAAUUAUAGUUUAGCUCUACAGAAGGUAUAAAAAUAUGCACAAAAAACUUUAAUAUGAAAUGAAUGAUGUGAGAAAUGUAGCUCGCAGUGAUAUAGAAAAUGAAAGUAUUCCACAAGGUAAUUAAUACAACAGCAUUCUUUCAGAAAAAGGGUAAUCUGAAAUGAUUGAAAUGAAAUGA